AUGGUGAAUGGUGCAGGAGGUAUGGAGGAAAAGAGAGAGAUGGUGAAUGAAGUUAAGAAGUGAUAGUUAGAAAAGAGAUGGUGAAUAGUAGGAGAUGGUGUGAAAGAUGGGUGAUGAGAGAUUGAAGCAGAGUGUAUAGGUAAAAGAGAAGAGGUGAAUAGGUAGAGAGUGUAGAGAAAGAGAGGUGAAUAAAGUGAGAGUAAUGAGAAAGAGAGGGUGAAUAGGUAGAGAGAUGUAGAGAAAGAGAGGGUGAAUAGGUAGAGAUGUAGAGAAAGAGAGGGUGAAUAGGUAGAGAGUGUAGAGAAAGGGAAUAGGUAGAGGUGAGAAGAGAGGUGAAUAGGUUAGAGAGAGUGUAGAGAAAGAGAUGGUGUGAAUAGUGUAGAAGAGAGUGAUAGAGGAUAAAGAGGUGAUGAGAGAUGUAGAGAAAGAGAUGGUGAAUAGGUAGAGAGUGUAGAGAAAGAGAGGGUGAAUAGGUAGAGAGAUGUAGAGAAAGAGGGGGUGAAUAGGUAGAUGAAGGAGUGAGGGUGAAUAGGUAGAAGAGUGUAUGUAGAUGUAGAAAGAGAGGUGAAUAGGUAGAGAGUGUAGAGAAAGAGGUGAAUGGUAGAGAGAGAGAGAAUGAGGGUGAAUAGGUAGAGAUGUAGAGAGAAGAGUAGGGUUGAUAGGAAGAGGUUGUAGAAAGAGAGGUGAUAGUGGGUUAGAGAAAGAGGGUGAAUAGGUAGGAGAGUAGAAAGAGAGGUGAAUAGGUAGAGAUGUAGAGAAAGAGAGGGUGAAUAGGUAGAGAGAUGUAGAAAAAGAGAGGGUGAAUAGGUAGAGAGAAGGAGGUUAGGUAGAGGUAGAGAAGAGAGGUGAAUAGGUAGAGAGUGUAGAGAAGAGAGGGUGAUAAGAUAGUAAGAUGUAGAGAAGAGAGGGUAUAGUAAAGUAGAGAAAGAGGUGAAUAGGUAGAUGUAGAGAAAGAGGGUGAUAGGGUAGAAUAGAGAGGUGAAUGUAAAGAUGUAGAGAAAGAGAUGGUGAAUAGGUAGAGAGGUAGAGAAAGAGAGGGUGAAUAGGUAGAGAGAUGUAGAGAAAGAGGGUGAAUAGGUAGGGAGAUGUAGAGAAAGAGAGGGUGAAUAGGUAGAGAGGUGUAGAGAAAGAGAGGGUGAAUAUGAAUAGGUAGAGAUGUAGAGACGAGGGUGAAUAGGUUAGUAGAGAGAUGUAGUGAGAAAGAGAGGGGGGUGAAUAGGUAAGAGAGGUGUAGGAAAGAGGGGUGAAAUAGGUUAAGAGAGAUGUAGAGAAGAGUGGUGAAUAGGUAGAGAUUGUAGAGAAAGAGAUGGUGAAUAGGUAGAGAGAUGUAGAGAAAGAGAGGGUGAAUAGGUAGAGAGAUGUAGAGAAAGAGAGGGUGAAUAGGUAGAGAGAGGUAGAGAAAGAGAGGGUGAAUAGGUAGAGAGAUGUAGAGAAAGAGAGGGUGAAUAGGUAGAGAGAGGUAGAGAAAGAGAGGGUGAAUAGGUAGAGAGAGGUAGAGAAGGAGAGGGUGAAUAGGUAGAGAGAUGUAGUGAAAAGUUAUAUCAAAUCCAUCCAUAGUACAUUGUAAGUUUAUACUUAAUUGACAUAUUUCUCUCCCUUUUUAGUGGUAGAUGGGUUCUACUGCCUGUGCAACCCUGGUUAUGCUGGUGUGACGUGUGAGCAAGACAUUGACGACUGUGCCAGCAACAUCUGCAGCAACAACUCAACCUGCAGAGACCUCCACUUGGUGAGUUGAUUUUAUUUUGGGUAAAAGGCGAGCAAAAGGCUAGGAAGGAUAAAACAAUAUCACGAUAUGCCUCGUUCAUAUCGAUAUCAAACAAUAUCACGAUAUGCCUCGUUCAUAUCGAUAUCAAACAAUAUCACGAUAUGCCUCGUUCAUAUCGAUAUCAAACAAUAUCACGAUAUGCCUCGUUCAUAUCGAUAUCAAACAAUAUCAAUAUGGUAUUGUAUUAUCAAUAUUGUUGCCCACCACUAAUAGAAAUCUAAAAUCCCAGAGGGUGACACAUUAAAGCAUGAAACAACACUUAUAUCCAAUGUGGUUCUUGAAAUGGAUUAAGUCAUAUAUUACAUGCUUAGGCAGAUAUGAGGUGACAAAGCAGAUUUGUUGUAAUAAGUGGGAGGGGGGUAGAUAGUGGAGAGUAGGGGGUCCAGCACAGAGCCCUGGGGGACACCCUGUAUAACUGGAAUGGAGUCUUAGGUGUGGCCAGUGAGGGAGUUUUCGGGUUUGUAUGUUAUGGUAUGUCUUUGGUUUUAUAACACUUGGGAACAAUCAACAUCUAUUACUGUGUGUGUCUGCCAUCACAUCAACAUUUACAUAGUCUUACAUUAUGCUACAUCCACAUGUUUCUCUUCUUUUCUCUUCUCCAUCUCUCUCUACUGUACGCUCUGUCGUUUGCCCUUUCCCUCCAUCCUUUGUUCAUUUAUCUUCACACACUUUCUUUUCACUUUGUAUUCUCUCUCUCUCUCUCUCUCUCUCUCUCUCUCUCUCUCUCUCUCUCUCUCUCUCUCUCUCUCUCUCUCUCUCUCUCUCUCUCUCUCUCCUCUAGCCUUUCUCUUCCGGUUUGUUCUCCUGUCUCUCUGUUCUCUCUCUCUCCUGGCUCCCCUCCUCAUUCGCUCCCCUCUUUCUUUUCUCCCAUCUUCCUUCUCUGCCCUCAUGCUUCUUCAGCUACAUGCAGGACAACCCUCACCUACACACCCUCACACACACAUGCACACAUACACGCAUGCAUGUACACACACACACACACACACACACACUUACAACCCUGCCUCCUCUCUCUAAAUGAAUAAACAAGGUGUUAGGAUUCAUACACUCCAGACUCCAGACUCAGAACUAUAGGGUAGAAAAUAGGAUAUCAUUUAUUUCUGUUGAAUAAUGCAAAACUCUGUUCUAGCUGGUUAAAAUGGAGACAGGGCCAGGGAGGAAUCAAUUUAUUUCACUAGUAGUGGAGCAGAACGGCUUUAAAUGAAAGAUUUCCACUUAGUAGUGGUGUUUGCGAACAUUUAAUAAAUCCUCUCAUAAGAAUGUGAAGUAUUUAUGGUUAGUGUAAUCACUAUGGUCUAUGUGCAGAGUGAGAUGAUUUGUCUGAUGUGCUAAGCAUUUCAAUUUCUACUGCCAAGGAUUUCUGCCAUUUGUACUCUACUGUUAUCCCUGUAGCAUGUAUCUCUUUGAAUCCCAUUGUUAAUUAUUGGAAUGCAUCCAUUACAAGUGGAUAUGUCCCAUACAACAAAUACUCCAUGUGCCUAGCUUCUAUGAGAAUAUUUAGAGACAUCAAGUACUUUUGAUUAGAUGUCAAAAGUAAGUCAUCAAAGAUGCAUGAACUGUGCAAGCAUAUGGUUCACAGCAGCAUGUUUAACAACACUCCAUGAUGAUCAAACAGUCGACCAGGGACUUGACUGAUUAACAACACUCCAUGAUGAUCAAACAGUAGACCAGGGACUUGACUGUUUAACAACACUCCAUGAUGAUCAAACAGUAGACCAGGGACUUGACUGAUUAACAAAACUCCAUGAUGAUCAAACAGUAGACCAGGGACUUGACUGAUUAACAACAGUCCAUGAUGAUCAAACAGUAGACCAGGGACUUAACUGUUUAACAACACUCCAUGAAGAUCAAACAGUAGACCAGGGACUUGACUGUUUAACAACACUCCAUGAUGAUCAAACAGUAGACCAGGGACUUGACUGAUUAACAACACUCCAUGAAGAUCAAACAGUAGACCAGGGACUUGACUGUUUAACAACACUCCAUGAUGAUCAAACAGUAGACCGGGGACUUGACUGUUUAACAACACUCCAUGAUGAUCAAACAGUAGACCAGGGACUUGACUGUUUAACAACACUCCAUGAUGAUCAAACAGUAGACCAGGGACUUGACUGUUUAACAACACUCCAUGAUGAUCAAACAGUAGACAUGGGACAUGACUGUUUAACAACACUCCAUGAAGAUCAAACAGUAGACCAGGGACUUGACUGUUUAACAACACUCCAUGAUGAUCAAACAGUAGACCGGGGACUUGACUGAUUAACAACACUCCAUGAAGAUCAAACAGUAGACCAGGGACUUGACUGAUUAACAACACUCCAUGAUGAUCAAACAGUAGACCGGGGACUUGACUGAUUAACAACACUCCAUGAUGAUCAAACAUAAGACCGGGGACUUGACUGAUUAGCAACACUCCAUGAUGAUCAAACAGUAGACCAGGGACUUGACUGAUUAACAACACUCCAUGAUGAUCAAACAGUAGACCAGGGACUUGACUGUUUAACAACACUCCAUGAUGAUCAAACAGUAGACAUGGGACAUGACUGUUUAACAACACUCCAUGAUGAUCAAACAGUAGACCAGGGACUUGACUGAUUAACAACACUCCAUGAUGAUCAAACAGUAGACCAGGGACUUGACUGUUUAACAACACUCCAUGAUGAUCAAACAGUAGACCAGGGACUUGACUGUUUAACAACACUCCAUGAUGAUCAAACAGUAGACCAGGGACUUGACUGAUUAACAACACUCCAUGAUGAUCAAACAGUAGACCGGGGACUUGACUGUUUAACAACAAUCCAUGAUGAUCAAACAGUAGACCAGGGACUUGACUGUUUAACAACAGUCCAUGAUGAUCAAACAGUAGACCAGGGACUUGACUGUUUAACAACACUCCAUGAAGAUCAAACAGUAGACCAGGGACUUGACUGUUUAACAACACUCCAUGAUGAUCAAACAGUAGACAUGGGACAUGACUGUUUAACAACACUCCAUGAUGAUCAAACAAUAGACCAGGCACUUGACUGUUUAACAACACUCCAUGAUGAUCAAACAAUAGACCAGGCACUUGACUGUUUAACAACACUCCAUGAAGAUCAAACAGUAGACCAGGGACUUGACUGUUUAACAACACUCCAUGAUGAUCAAACAGUAGACAUGGGACUUGACUGUUUAACAACAGUCAAUGAUGAUCAAACGGUAGACCAGGCACUUGACUGAUUAACAACACUCCAUGAUGAUCAAACAGUAGACCAGGGACUUGACUGAUUAACAACACUCCAUGAAGAUCAAACAGUAGACCAGGGACUUGACUGAUUAACAACACUCCAUGAUGAUCAAACAGUAGACCGGGGACUUGACUGAUUAACAACACUCCAUGAUGAUCAAACAGUAGACCAGGAACUUGACUGUUUAACAAAACUCCAUGAUGAUCAAACAAUAGACCAGGCACUUGACUGUUUAACAACACUCCAUGAUGAUCAAACAAUAGACCAGGCACUUGACUGUUUAACAACACUCCAUGAUGAUCAAACAGUAGACCAGGGACUUGACUGAUUAACAACACUCCAUGAUGAUCAAACAGUAGACCAGGGACUUGACUAUUUAACAACACUCCAUGAUGAUCAAACAGUAGACCAGGGAAUUGACUGUUUAACAACACUCCAUGAUGAUCAAACAGUAGACCAGGGACUUGACUGUUUAACAACACUCCAUGAUGAUCAAACAGUAGACCAGGGACUUGACUGAUUAACAACACUCCAUGAAGAUCAAACAGUAGACCAGGCACUUGACUGUUUAACAACACUCCAUGAUGAUCAAACAGUAGACCAGGGACUUGACUGCAUAGCUGAAGAGGUUAUUGACAUCCUGUAGGAAUAGGAUUCCUGACUGAUUAAGUGUACGUUCCAAAUGACACCAUUGUCCCUAUAUAGUGUACUACUUUGACCAGGGCCAAUAGGGCACCUUAUUCCCUAUGUAGUGCCCUAUGGGCCCUGGUCAAAAGCUGUAAGUCGCUCUGGAUAAGAGUGUCUGCUAAAUGACUAAAAUGUCAAAUGUAAAUGUAAAUUUGGGAAGCAACCACUGUGUUAGUUAAUACCUGUUUGAUCUGAUGCAAAUCAUAUUUUUCUGUUUUGUCACUGUGUUGGCGUUUAUGGAAAUGAACAUUGUUAAUGAUACACCUGUGGAUGAAGCAGCGAGGCCCCCAUGAGGUCCGCUUCGUAGUUGUUGUUUGGUAACAUUGUUUGUUGCUGUUGCAGUAAUGAUCUAAUAUUCUAUUCCAUUAGUAGCAUGGCUGACACACACACACACGUUUGCACGCGUAAGCACGUACACACACACACAUUCACACACGCGCACACACACACACACACAACUGAUUACUGUACAUUUUGUGUUAAAUCAUUGCAGUGUCCUACCCCCUCUUAUGAAUAGGGACCUGCAGUGUACAAAUGAUAUCAGACAAAGCUGAACAGCUCCCCUCCAGUGUAUGCAAUACAGAUUAGCAGGUGUUCAACCAGCAGCAAGCACAACACACACACACAUGCACACACACACACACAGACUUACACACGCACACACACAAGCGCGCACACACACACAUACACACGCACACACGCAUGCACACACAUACAGACACACGCACACACACCGUACCUUAGACAUACACAGGAACGUUGGCUGGCAUUGAAGAAUUCCGGAUACCCCUUGACAGUUUGACCCCCUUAAUUUUGUAUGCAAAGAGGAUUGUGUUCAAUUAAACCUGCCUGAUCCUGGCCAGGAAACUAAUAGACAACAACCCAUUCAUCUCCUACACCUUGAUUAAUUAUCAUAAUGAAGAUUUUAAUGACGAACUGGAGGACAUACUUUAAUGAAGAGAACACAACUCAAGUAGUCCACAGACUUUAACGAAGAGAACACAACUCAAGUAGUCCACAGACUUAAUACAAAGAGAACACAACUCAAGUAGUCCACAGACUUUAACGAAGAGAACACAAUAAUAAUAAUAAUAAUAACAAUAAUAUGCCAUUUAGCAGAUGCUUUUAUCCAAAGUGACUUACAGUCAUGCGUGCAUACAUUUUUGUGUAUGGGUGGUCCCGGGGAUCGAACCCACUACCUUGGCGUUACAAGCGCCAUACUCUACCAGCUGAGCUACAGAGGACCACAGAGUACCACAACUCACGUAGUCCACUGACUUAAUACAAAGAGAACACAACUCACGUAGUGUACUGACUUAAUACAAAGAGAACACAACUCACGUAGUGUACUGACUUAAUACAAAGAGAACACAACUCACGUAGUUCACUGACUUAAUACAAAGAGAACACAACUCACAUGGUUCACUGACUUAAUACAAAGAGAACACAACUCACGUAGUGUACUGACUUAAUACAAAGAGAACACAACUCACGUAGUGUACUGACUUAAUACAAAGAUAACACAACUCACGUAGUGUACUGACUUAAUACAAAGAGAACACAACUCACGUAGUGUACUGACUUAAUACAAAGAGAACACAACUCACGUAGUGUACUGACUUAAUACAAAGAGAACACAACUCACGUAGUUCACUGACUUAAUACAAAGAGAACACAACUCACGUAGUGUACUGACGUAAUACAAAGAGAACACAACACACGUAGUGUACUGACUUAAUACAAAGAGAACACAACUCACGUAGUCCACUGACUUAAUACAAAGAGAACACAACUCACGUAGUGUACUGACUUAAUACAAAGAGAACACAACUCACGUAGUCCACUGACUUGAACGUAGAGUACGGGGAGAAAAAUAGAAGAACUCAACUCAAGUCAUGCAGUGAAAGUCCUCAUAGAUUUGGCUGAGGUUUGUUUUCAAAAUGCAAAUUGUGAUCGUGGGCUUUCUCUUUGUCGGUUUGCUCUGCUAAACAGUUUUGAAACAAAGAUACAUUAUAUAAAGAUAAAUGAUAGUAGUAAAAAAGCUUUGGAGCACCUUAAAUUACAUUUUGGGCAAAAUGGCAAACUGGGCUCCAUCAUUCAUUGAAUCAGAUUGCUCAUUCAUCACAAAACCCACUGAUAUUUCCAGAGGUCUCUUCACAGUCCCCAAGUCCAGAACAGACUAUGGGAGGCGCACAGUACUACAUAGAGCCAUGACUACAUGGAACUCUAUUCCACAUCAACUAGCUCAUGCAAGCAGUAAAAUCAGAUUUAAAAAAACAGAUAAAAAUACACUUAUGGAACAGUGUAAAGAGACACACACACAGGCACAGACACGCACACACACACAUGAUGACAUAAGCACUAUACACACACGUAGACAUGGAUUUUGUGUUGUAUAUAUGUGGUAGUGGCCUGAGGGCACACACUUAAAGUGUUGUGAAAAGUGGACUCCACAAGGUGUCAAGCGUUCCAAAGGGAUGCAGGCCCAUGUUGACUCCAAUGCUUCCCACAGUUGGCUGGAUGUCCUUUGGGUGGUGGACCAAUCUUGAUACACACAGGGAAAACUGUUGAGCGUGAAAAACCCAGCAGCGUUGCAGUUCUUGACACACUCAUACCGGUGCGCCUGACACCUACUACCAUACCCCGUUCAAAGGCACUUAAAUAUUUUGUCACCCUCUGAAUGGCACACAUACACAAUCCAUGUCUCUAUUGUCUCGAGGCUUACAAAUCCUUCUUUAACCUGUCUCCUCCCCUUCAUCUACACUGAUUGAAGUGGAUUUAACAGGUGACAUCAAUAAGGGAUCAUAGCUUUCACCUGGAUUCACCUGGUCAGUCUAUGUCAUGGAAAGAGAAGGUGUUCCUAAUGUUUUGUCCACUCAGUGUAUACAGAAGUAACAAAUGCUAACAAAGUCGUACCUUGAAAUGCCUUGAACAUUUUAAAAGAGGUGGGUGGUAGUUGGAGGAUACAGUAGUGGAAAUUCCAAGUCAACCAUGACUAUUCCACAGAUUAAAGCUACAAUCUGCGAUCUGGGAAGUUACAAAUGCAUAUGUCUUACACUGAACAAAAAUAUAAACGUAACAUGCAACAAUUUCAAAGAUUUUACUGAGUUACAGUUCAUAUAUAAGGAUAUCAGUAAAUUGCAAUAAAUUCAUUAGGCCCUAAUCUAUGGAUUUCACAUGACUGGGAAUACAGAUAUGCAUCUGUUGGUCACAGAUAAUUAAAGAAAUUGGUGCGUGGAUCAGAAAACCAGUCAGUAUCUGGUGUGACCAUAAUUUGCCUCAUGCAGUGUGACACAUCUCCUUCACAUAGAGUUGAUCAGGCUGGUGAUUGUGGCCUGUGGAAUGUUGUCCCACUCCUUUUCAAUGGCUGUGCAAAGUUGCGGGAUAUUGGUGGGAACUGGAACACUCUGUUGUACACGUCGAUCCAGAGCAUCGAAACAUGCUCAAUGGGUGAGAUAUCUGGUGAGUAUGCAGGCCAUGGAAGCCUCCAGAAAUUUGUGCAGAUCUUUGCAACAUGGGGCUAUGCAUUAUCAUGCUGAAACAUGAGGUGAUGGGCCUCAGGAUCUCGUCACAGUAUCUCUGUGCAUUCAAAUUGAAAUCGAUCAAAUGCAAUUGUGUUAGUUGACCGAAGUUUAUGCAUGCCCAUACCAUAACCCCACCGCCACCGUGGGGGACUUUGUUCACAACAUUGACAUCAGCAGACCGCUUGCCAUCUGCCCGGUACAGUUGAAACCGGGAUUCAUCCGUGAAGAGCACACUUCUCCAGCGUGCCAGUGGCCAUCGAAGGUGAGCAUUUGCCCACUGAGGUCGGUUACGACGCCGAACUACAGUCAGGUCAAGACCCUGGUGAGGACGACGAGCACACAGAUGAGCUUCCCUGAGACUUUUUCGGACAGUUUGUGCAAACCCACAGUUUCAUCAGCUGUCCGGGUGGCUGGUCUCAGACGAUUUGUAGGUCCUGGGCUGGCGUGGUUACACAGGGUUUGCAGUUAUGAGGCCGGUUGGAUGUACUGCCAAAUUCUCUAAAACGACAUUGUAGGCAGCUUAUGGUAGAGAAAUUAACAUUCAAUUAUCUGGCAACAGCGCUGGUGGACAUUCCUGCAGUCAGUAUGCCAAUUGCACACUCCCUCAAAACUUGAGACCUCUGUGGCAUUGUGUUGUGUGACAAAACGGCACAUUUUAGUGGCCUUUUAUUGUCCCCAGCAAAAGGUGCACCUGUGCAAUGAUCAUGCUGUUUAAUCAGCUUCUUGAUAUGCCACACCUGUCAGGUGGAUUCAUUAUCUUGGCAAAGUAGAAAUGCUCACUAACAGGGAUGUAAACACAUUUGUGCACAACAUUUUAAGAGAAAUAAGCCUUUUGUCCAUAUGAAAAAUGUCUGGGAUCUUUUAUUUCAACUCAUGAAACAAGGGACCAACACUUUAUGUUGCGUUUAUAUUUUUGUUCUGUAUGCAUUUCCCCAGCCCCGUCCCUCAGCUUUUUACCAAAACAAGUGGUGGUACUAAUUUUUUUCUAAUGCCAGAUUGUAGCUUUAAACAUAUUUUCCCAGGAGAGGUAUUUCUGGCUGAGUGGGAUGUUGUAGUAUAACAUUCUUAAGUAUUCAUAUGAAUAUAAUUAAACGCUGCAUAUAGUAACAACUGUAUCACAAUAUUAUUACUCAACGUGUGGGAGAUUAAACUUGGGUACCAUAUUGGGCAACAAAACCUAAUUGACGUUAAGCUCAUUCAGUGAGACAUUUGUUGGCAGCGGUGGGAUAAUAUUACAGUUAAAGUCGGAAGUUUACAUGCACUAAGUUGACUGUGCCUUUUAUCAGCUUGGAAAAUUCCAGAAAAUGAUGUCAUGGCUUUAGAAGCUUCUGAUAGGCUAAUUGACAUCAUUUGAGUCAAUUGGAGGUGCACCUGUGGAUGUAUUUCAAGGCCUACCUUCAAACUCAGUGCCUCUUUGCUUGACAUCAUGGGAAAAUCAAAAGAAAUCAGCCAAGACCUCAGGAAAAAAAUGUGUAGACCUCCACAAGUCUGGUUCAUCCUUGGGAGCAAUUUCCAAACACCUGAAGGUACCAUGUUUAUCUGUACAAACAAUAGUACGCAAGUAUAAACACCAUGGGACCACGCAGCCGUCAUACCGCUCAGGAAGGAGACGCGUUCUGUCUCCUAGAGAUUAACGUACUUUGGUGCGAAAAGUGCAAAUCAAUCCCAGAACAACAGCAAAGGACCUUGUGAAGAUGCUGGAGGAAACAGGUACAAAAGUAUCUAUAUCCACAGUAAAACGAGUCCUAUAUCGACAUAACCUGAAAGGCCGCUCAGCAAGGAAGAAGCCACUGCUCCAAAACCGCCAUAAAAAACCCAGACUACGGUUUGCAACUGCACAUGGGGACAAAGAUUGUACUUUUUGGAUAAAUGUCCUCUGGUCUGAUGAAACAACAAUAGGAGUUUUUUUGGGGGGGAUGGAAGUAUUACAUUUUACAGUUGUUGGAAUCUGUCUCUUGGGUCAACGUUAUGUUUGGAGGAAAAAGGGGGUAACUUGCCAGCCGAAGAACACCAUCCCAACCGUGAAGCAACAUCUCAAGACAUCAGUCAGGAAGUUAAAGCUUGAUCGCAAAUGGGUCUUCCAAAUGGACAAUGACACCAAGCAUACUUCCAAAGUUGUGGCAAAAUGGCUUAAGGACAACAAAGUCAAGGUAUUGGAGUGGCCAUCACAAAGCCCUGACCUCAAUCCUAUAGAAAAUGUGUGGGCAGAACUGAAAAAGCAUGUGCGAGCAAGGAGGCCUACAAACCUGACUCAGUUACACCAGCUCUGUCAGGAGGAAUGGGCCAAAAUUCACCCAACUUAUUGUGGGAAGCUUGUGGAAGGCUACCCAAAACAUUUGACCCAAGUUAAACAAUGUAAAGGCAAUGCUACCAAAUACUAAUUGACUGUAUGUAAACUUCUGACCCACUGGGAAUGUGAUGAAAGAAAUAAAAGCUAAAAUAAAUCAUUCUCUCUACUAUUAUUAUGACAUUUCACAUUCUUAAAAUAAAGUGGUGAUCCUAACUGACCUAAGACAGGGAAUUAUUACAAGGAUUAAAUGUCAGGAAUUGUGAAAAACUGAGUUUAAAUGUAUUUGGCUAAGGUGUAUGUAAACUUCCAACUUCAACUGUAUGUGUAGCUGUGGCAGGUUUUUAGGUAUAAAACAUUACAACUAUGUUCUCUUUACAUAGUUGGUCUAUUGAACCAGGAAGUGGAAUGGUCAAGGGCAAUACUCAUUGUAUUACUGUAUUGGGUAUUACAAUCUGUGCCUGGAUGUCCUGAGCACUGCUGGCUUUCUGUUCUACCUGAUAAUAAUUGUACCCACCUAGUGUCCCAGGUCUAAAUCAAAUUAAAUCAAAUGUAUUUAUAAAGCCCUUUUUACAUCAGCAGAUGACAGAAAGUGCUUAUACAGAAACCCAGCCUGAAACCCCAAACAGCAAACAAUGCAGAUGUAGAAGCACGGUGGCUAAAAACUCCCUAGAAAGGCAAAACCUAGGAAGAAUCCUAGAGAGGAACCAGGCUCUGAGGGGUGGCCAGUCCUCUCCUGGCUAUACUGGGUAGAGAGGAACCAGGCUCUGAGGGGUGGCCAGUCCUCUUCUGGCUGUGCCGGGUGGAGAUUAUAACAGUACAUGGCCAUUAAGGCCAGAUUUUUCUUACAUUUGACAUUUACAUUUUAGUCAUUUAGCAGACGCUCUUAUCCAGAGCGACUUACAGUUAGUGAGUGCAUACAUUUAAAAAAAUGUUUUCAUACUGGCCCACCUUCUUCAAGAUGUUCAAACGUUCAUAGAUGACCAGCAGGGUCAAAUAAUAAUCACAGUGGUUGUAGAGGGUGCAACAGGUCAGCACCUCAGGAGUAAAUGUCAGUUGGCUUUUCAUAGCCGAGCAUUCCGAGGUCAAGACAGCAGGUGUGUGUGUGUGUGUGAGAGAGAGGGUCGAAAACAGCAGGUCCGGGACAAGGUAGCACGUCCGGUGAACAGGUCAAGGUUCCAUAGCCGGAGGCAGAACAGUUGAAACUGGAUCAGCAGCACGACCAGGUGGACUGGGGACAGCCAGGAGUCUUCAGGACAGGUAAUCCUGAGGCAUGGUCCUAGGGCUCAGGUCCUCCCAGAGGUAGAGAUAGAUGGGGGAGGGAGAGAGUGAUGGGAGAAUUAGAGGGAGCAUUCUUCAAUUCACACAGGACACCAGAUAAGACAGGAGAAUUACACCAGAUAGGACAGACUGACCCUAGCCCCCCGGCACAUAGACUAUUGCACAUAAUUUGCCAAAGCACAGCCCCCACACCACUAGAGGGAUAUAAACAGACCACCAACUUACUACCCUGAGACAAGGCUGAGUAUAGCCCAGGAAGAUCUCCUCCACCGCAUGAGCCUGAGAGGGUCGCAAAACCGGACAGGAAGAUCACGUCAGUGACUCAACCCACUUAAGUUGAGUAUAGCGAAAAAGGCCUGGCACGACGUGACGCACCCCUCCUAGGGACGGCAUGGGAGAGCACUAGUAAGCCAGUGACUCAGUCCCCAAUAGGGUCAGAGGCAGAGAAUCAAAGUGGAGAGAGGGGAGCCGGCCAGGCAGAGACAGCAAGGGCGGUGCGUCGCUCCAGUGCCUUGCCGUUCACCUUCGCACCCCUGGGCCAGACUCCACUCAAUCAUAGGACCUAUUGAAGAGAGUCUUCAGUAAAGACUUAAAGGUCGAGACCGAGUCUGCAUCUCUCACAUGGAUAAGGAGAAAGCCCUGCCUCCAGCUGUUUGCUUCGAAAUUCUAGGGACAAUAAGGAGGCCUGCGUCUUGUGACCGUAGCGUACGUGUAGGUAUGUACGGCAGGACCUAAUCGGAGAGAUAGGUACGAGAAAGUCCAUGUAAUGCUUUGUAAGUUAGCAGUAAAACCUUGAAAUCAGCCCUAGCCUCAACAGGAGGCUAUCACUGGAGUAAUAUGAUCACAUUUUUAUCAGUCCCUGAUAAGAGGGGAAGAAUGAAAAUCAGCAGUGGAACUGGACUGGAGGUCCAGAUUGGAGUAUCCCUGCUCUAUUAUUUAGUGACAUCAUCACUGUAUCAUUUCAUUCCUGUAUUCCAGACUUACAAUGUAUCAUUUAACUUCCUGGAUUCCAGACUUACGAUGUAUCAUUUCACUUCCUGUAUUCCAGACUUACGACGAAUCAUUUCACUUCCUGUAUUCCAGACUUACGAUGUAUAAUUUCACUUCCUGUAUUCCAGACAUACGAGUGCCUCUGUGUCCCCGGAUGGGAGGGCAAGUUCUGCCAACAGGAAAUAGACGAGUGUUCGUCACAGCCGUCCAAAAACAACGCCACCUGUACCGACCUCUCACACAAGUGUUGGUACCACCCUGAUUUCACCUGGGAAAGCUUACCAUAGGUCACAGUAGGGUCUGAUUCUCACCCUAGGCAAAGCUACCAGUAGGACCACGUAGUGUUCUGAUUCACCUAGGGACAGGUACACAUAGUUGGGCAAAACCAGUAGGUUACCCCAGGCAAGUCCAGUAGGUACCACGUAGGUUGUCUGAUUCCACCUAGGGCAAAGCUACCAGUACCUAGAGAAGUUGUGUCCUUGAUUCUCACCAUUGGCAAAGCUUACCAGAAGAUACCACAGUAGGGUUGUUGUCUGAUUCUCACCUCUCACCCUAGGGCAAAGCUAAACCAGGUACCAGUAGGGUUGUGUCUGACUCCCAGAGAAAGCAACCAUAGGUACCACAGUAGGGUUGUGUCUGAUUCUCACCCUAGGGCAAAGCUACCAGUAGGUACCACAGUAGGGUUGUGUCUGAUUCUCACCAUUGGGCAAAGCCAAGCUGUACUGGGCUGGCCUGGUUACAGAUCCACCAACUGAAAAGAACAAUUUGAAAAGAACAUAUCAGAGCCAGUACAGUGUGGGUCCACCCUAUAGUGUUAAUCAGACAGUACAGUGUGGGUCCACCCUAUAGUGUUAAUCAGACAGUACAGUGUGGGUCCACCCUAUAGUGUUAAUCAGACAGUACAGUGUGGGUCCACCCUAUAGGUUAAUACCAGUAAGGGGCAUUAGAUAGCCAGUGUGGGUCACCUAUAGUGUUAUCAACAGUACAGUGUGGGUCCACCCAUAUAGUGUUAAUCAGACAGUACAUUGUACUACAGUGUUAUCUCGUCAUUCCUAUCAGCUAGCAGUCACAUAAUAAAUGCAAGGAGGCCUUGCUCAGAUAGCCUGGGGUGGUCUAGCUGUUAUGGCCUCGGCCUCAGCACUGGCAAACCCAUGUUGGCGUGGGUUCGAAUCCAGCCCACUGCCCUUGUAACACGAACCCUCUCCUAUCUUUCCUCUCACUCUCUCUAUCCAAGAAAAUAUGAAAAAUACCAGAGAGAGAGAAGGAGGAAAAUGCUCAGAUAGUGAUCAUAUUUAGUGAUUAUAUUUCCACCUAGCUACCAGCAGCAGCGAUAAUGAACUGCAGAUGGCAGGUCAAACUAAUGAAUCAAUCAAUGGCUCGCAGCAUGAAGGGUUUCUGGGGAUCUGUGAGUCAUCGGGAGGGAAAACGGCUGUAUUUGCUCUACCUAAUGUGUCUUCACAGGGGGGGGGAGGAUGGAGAGACAGAGAGAGAGGAGGGGGAGAGAGAGAGGGAGAUAGAGGAUGGAGAGACGGAGAUAGAGGAUGGAGAGACGGAGAUAGAGGAGGGGGAGAGAGAGAGGGAGAUAGAGGAUGGAGAUAGAGGAGGGGGAGAGAGAGAGGGAGAUAGAGAUGGGUAGAGAGGGGAGAGAGAGGGGAGAUAGAGGGGAGAGACGAGAGAGGGGAGAUAGAGGAUGGAGAGGAGAUAGAGAGGGGGAGAGAGAGAGGGAGAUAGAGGAUGGAGAGACGGAGAUAGAGGAGGGAGAGAUAGAGGAGGGGGAGGAGAGAUAGAGGAGGGGGAGGAGAGAGAGAGGAGGGAGGGAAAACUGGUAUAUCUGCUCUACCUUGAGGGAGGAGGGGAGGAGAGAGCGAGAGAGAGAACUUAAGUUCACACAGGACACCACAUAAGAGAGAGGAUAGAGGGAAAUAACAUGUUAGUUAAAUCAUUAACACAUAUCAUUUAUUUUGUAGAAACGAUCCCCAACCUUUGUAUUAUAUGUGAAUAUCAAUAUCAACCAGAGCUCUCCUUUCCUACCGGUUCCCUCUUAAUGCUAUGUUGCUAGUUACAUCAUAAACACAUAGGCCUAGAAUUUAUUUUAAAAUAAAAUAUAUCCAACCUUUGUGUAGAGAACACCAAUACCAACCCUAACUCCUUCUGUCUCCCCAGGUGUCUGUGCCCGCGGGGCUGGGCAGGUGUGGACUGCUCUGUGGAUGUGGAUGAGUGUGACUCUGGGCCCUGUCUGAACGGAGCUCAGUGUCAGGAGUCACCCCUACCUGGGGAGUUCAGCUGCACCUGCCCCCCCUUCUUCAGUGGGCCCUUAUGCAAUGUACCCUUUGACCCAUGUGACCCCGCCCACAACCCCUGCCUGCACAAUGCCACCUGCCUGACUCAUUCUGAUGGAACAGCAGCCUGCAGAUGCCGACCCGGUGAGCUACUAUUAGUUCCUGUGGUGUAGUCCAGUGAUCUACUAUUAUAGCCUGUGGUGUAGUCCAGUGAGCUGCUAUUAGUUCCUGUGGUGUAGACCAGUGAACUACUAUUAGUUCCUGUGGUGUAGACCAGUGAACUACUAUUAGUUCCUGUGGUGUAGUCCAGUGAGCUACGAUUAUAGCCUGUGGUGUAGUUCAGUGAACUACUAUUAUAGCCUGUGGUGUAGUCCAGUGAGCUACUAUUAGUUCCUGUGGUGUAGUCCACUGAGCUACUGAUAGUUCCUGUGGUGUAGACCAGUGAGCUACUAUUAGUUCCUGUGGUGUAGUCCAGCGAGCUACUAUUAGUUCCUGUGGUGUAGACCAGUGAACUACUAUUAGUUCCUGUGGUGUAGUCCAGUGAGCUACUAUUAUAGCAUGUGGUGUAGUCCAGUGAGCUACUAUUAGUUCAUGUGGUGUAGUCCAGUGAGCUACUAUUAGUUCCUGUGGAGUAGUCCAGUGAGCUAAUAUUAGUUCCUGUGGUGUAGUCCAGUGAGCUACUAUUAGUUCCUGUAGUGUAGACCAGUGAACUACUAUUAGUUCCUGUGGUGUAGACCAGUGGUCUACUAUUAUAGCCUGUGGUGUAGUCCAGUGAGCUACUAUUAGUUCCUGUGGUGUAGACCAGUGAGCUACUAUUAGUUAUUGUGGUGUAGACCAGUGAACUACUAUUAGUUCAUGUGGUGUAAUCCAGUGAGCUACUAUUAGUUCCUGUGGUGUAGACCAGUGAACUACUAUUAUUUAUUGUGGUGUAGACCAGUGAACUAGUAUUAGUUCCUGUGUUGUAGUCCAUUGAGCUACUAUUAGUUCCUGUGGUGUAGACCAGUGAACUACUAUUAGUCCCUGUGGUGUAGACCAGUGAUCUACUAUUAUAGCCUGUGGUGUAGUCCAGUGAGCUACUAUUAUAGCCUGUGGUGUAGACCAGUGAACUACUAUUAGUUCCUGUGGUGUAGACCAGUGAACUACUAGUAGUUCCUGUGGUGUAGUCCAGUGAGCUACUAUUAGUUCAUGUGGUGUAGACCAGUGAGCUACUAUUAUAGCCUGUGGUGUAGUAAAGUGAUCUACUAUUAGUUCCUGUGGUGUAGUCCAGUGAGCUAUUAUUUCCUGUGGUGUAGUCCAGUGAUCUACUAUUAUAGCCUGUGGUGUAGUCAAGUGAGCUACUAUUAGUUCCUGUGGCGUAGUCCAGUGAGCUACUAUUAGUUACUGUGGUGUAGUCCAGUGAGCUAUUAGUUCCUGUGGUGUAGUACAGUGAUCUACUAUUAUAGCCUGUGGUGUAGUCCAGUGAACUACUAUUAGUUCCUGUGGUGUAGACCAGUGAGCUACUAUUAUUUCCUGUGGUGUAGUCCAGUGAUCUACUAUUAUAGCCUGUGGUGUAGUCCAGUGAGCUACUAUUAGUUCCUGUGGCGUAGUCCAGUGAGCUACUAUUAGUUACUGUGGUGUAGUCCAGUGAGCUAUUAGUUCCUGUGGUGUAGUACAGUGAUAUACUAUUAUAGCCUGUGGUGUAGUCCAGUGAACUACUAUUAUUUCCUGUGGUGUAGUCCAGUGAUCUACUAUUAGUUCCUGUGGUGUAGACCAGUGAGCUACUAUUAUAGCCUGUGGGGUAGACCAGUGAGCUACUAUUAGUUCCUGUGGUGUAGUCCAGUGAGAUACUAUUAGUUCCUGUGGUGUAGUCCAGUGAGCUACUAUUAGUUCCUGUGGUGUAUUCCAGUGAUCUACUAUUAUAGCCUGUGGUUUAGUCCAGUGAACUACUAUUAGUUAUUGUGGUGUAGUCCAGUGAGCUACUAUUAGUUCCUGUGGUGUAGACCAGUGAGCUACUAUUAUAGCCUGUGGUGUAGUCCAGUGAGCUACUAUUAGUUCCUGUGGUGUAGUCCAGUGAGCUACUAUUAGUUCCUCUGGUGUUGUCCAGUGAGCUACUAUUAGUUCCUGUGGUGUAGACCAGUGAUCUACUAUUAUAGCCUGUGGUGUAGUCCAGUGAACUACUAUUAGUUCCUGUGGUGUAGUCCAGUGAGAUACUAUUAGUUCCUGUGGUGUAGACCAGUGAACUACUAUUAGUUCCUGUGGUGUAGAUCAGUGAACUACUAUUAGUUCCUGUGGUGUAGAUCAGUGAACUACUAUUAGUUCCUGUGGUGUAGACCAGUGAUCUACUAUUAUAGCCUGUGGUGUAGUCCAGUGAGCUACUAUUAUAGCCUGUGGUGUAGUCCAGUGAGCUACUAUUAGUUAAUGUAGUGUAGUCCAGUGAGCUACUAUUAGUUCCUGUGGAGUAGUCCAGUGAGCUACUAUUAGUUCCUGUGAUGUAGUCCAGUGAGCUACUAUUAGUUCCUUAUUGUAGACCAGUGAACUAUUAGUUCCUGUGGUGUGGACCAGUAGUCUACUAUUAUAGCCUGUGGUGUAGUCCAGUGAGCUACUAUUAGUUCCUUAUUGUAGACCAGUGAACUAUUAGUUCCUGUGGUGUGGACCAGUAGUCUACUAUUAUAGCCUGUGGUGUAGUCCAGUGAACUACUAUUAUAGCCUGUGGUGUAGACCAGUGAACUACUAUUAGUUCCUGUGUUGUAGUCCAGUGAGCUACUAUUAGUUCCUGUGGUGUAGACCAGUGAUCUACUAUUAGUUCCUGUGGUGUAGACCAGUGAGCUACUAUUAUAGCCUGUGGUGUAGUCCAGUGAACUACUAUUAUAGCCUGUGGUGUAGUCCAGUGAGCUACUAUUAGUUCCUGUGGUGUAGUCCAGUGAGCUAGUAGAGUAGAUAACAAUUCCAGUAGGGUCAUUUGAUGGAUACCAGUGAUCCACUAUUUUCCAGUAGGAUAUUUGAUGUAGACCGGUGAUUUACUAUUAUACCAGUAGGAUAUUUGAUGUAGACCAGUGAUCUACUAUUAUACCAGUAGGAUAUUUGAUGUAGCCCGGUGAGCUAAAACAGCCCUUCAGGUUGUGUAGUGCUGCCAAAAUGCCCAAUUAAAUGUUUUUGAAAUUAGAAAAACCAUAGAAACAGAGUGCUUUCAUGUAGCCUGCUUUCAGGUGGUGUAAUGGCUCAUAAUGCCCAAUUAAAUGUUAUGAAAUAAAAAGGGUGAGUUGUCACAAACACAGCCACACUGAGUAUACAAAACAUGCUCUUUCCAUGACAUAGACUGACCAAGUGAAAGCUAUGAUCUCUAAUUAAUGUAACUUGUUAAAUCCACUUCAAUCAGUGUAGAUGAAGGGGAGGAGAUAGGUUAAAGAAGGAUAUUUAAGCCUUGAGACAACUGAGACAUGGAUUGUGUAUGUGUGCCAUUCAGAGGGUGAAUGGGCAAGACAAAAGAUUUAAGUGCCUUUGAACGGGGUAUGGUAGUAGGUAUCAGGCGCACUGGUUUGAUUGUGUCAGAAACUGCAACGCUGUUGGGUUUUUCAUGCUCAACAGUUCCCCGUGUGUAUCAGGAAUGGUCCACCACCCAAAGGUCAUCCAGCCAACUUGACACAACUGUGGGAAACAUUGGAGUCAACAUGGGCCAGCAUCCCUGUGGAAAGCUUUCGACACCUUGUAGUCCAUGCCCCGACAACUUGAGGCUGUUCUGAGGGCAAACUCAAUAUUAGGAAGGUCUUCCAAAUGUUUUGUACACUCAGUGUAGACACUGAGUACCUUGGUAUAGGUCUCUCAGGUCGUGUGAUGGGACUUUAAUGUCCAAUUAAAUAUUUAGACAUGUACGAGAAAAAAAAAUGUUUCAGUCUAGUGAACAUGUUUACAUUCCAUCCAUUUAGUCAGAGUCUGAGAAUGAGACCUGUCACAUAAUAGGUGAUACAAAAUGGUCUUGCAUUGUGUUUCACUGUUUUUGACUAGUUUCUGGUGUGGUGUGUGCGUGCUUGUGCAUGCGCACGUGUGUGUGUGUGUGCGUGCUUGUGCGCGUGUGUUUGUGCGUGCUUGUGCGUGCUUGUGCGUGCUUGUGCGUGUGUGUGUGUGUGUGUGUGUGUGUGUGUGUGUGUGUGUGUGUGUGUGUGUGUGUGUGUGUGUGUGUGUGUGUGUGUGUGUGUGUGUGUGUGUGUGUGUGUGCCUGUAGGUUUGCUUAGCCCACAUGGAGGACUGCAACAGAUCUCUGGUGGUGUUUGUUCCUUAUUGUCCCCAGCUUGUGGUUAGAAUGAUCAAUGGCUCUAAGAACUAAACAACUGAACAGAACAACCUGUAGUUCUAACUAGACUAGUAGGCUCUCCCUCCCGUGUGUGUGUGUGUGUGUGUGUGUGUGCCUGUAGUUUUGCUUAGGCCACAUGGAGGACUGCAACAGAUCUGUGGUGGUGUUUGUUCCUUAUUGUCCCCAGCUUGUGGUUAGAAUGAUCAAUGGCUCUAAGAACUAAACAACUGAACAGAACAACCUGUAGUUCUAACUAGACUAGUAGGCUCUCCCUCCCGUGUGUGUGUGUGUGUGUGUGUGUGUGUGUGUGUGUUUGUGUGUGUGCUCGUGCGCGCGUGUGUGUGCGUGUAGAAGUGAAACACCCUACCAGAGGCUGUUGUUCAUUCACUGUGGCAUGUAUGAUGGGGAACAACAGAUCUUAUCAAUUCACUGGGCAAUUGCAAUUCACCCCUGCAGAUUUGAUUUGCAGUUGUUCCAAGCUGUGCUGCAACAACCUGUUUAUAAGGCAAGUUUGAUGCGUGUUAGAUAAAUCUAAUCAAAUGAAACAAUUUAUUUGUUACAUACUUCCUAAACAACAGCUGUAGACUAACAGUGAAAUGCUUACUUAAGGGCCCUUCCCAACAAUACAGAGAGAAAAUAAAAUAGAGAAAUAAUAAAACAUGUAAUAAUAAAAGUAAUAAUAGAUCCACAAUGAGUAACGAUAACUUGUCUAUAUACACGGGGUACCAGUACUGAGUAAUGAUAACUUGUCUAUAUACACGGGGUACCAGUACUGAGUAAUGAUAACUUGUCUAUAUACACGGGGUACCAGUACUGAGUAAUGAUAACUUGUCUAUAUACACGGGGUACCAGUACUGAGUAAUGAUAACUUGUCUAUAUACACGGGGUACCAGUACUAAGUAAUGAUAACUUGUAUAUAUAUACACAGGGUACCAGUACUGAGUAAUGAUAACUUGUCUAUAUACACAGGGUACCAGUACUGAGUAAUGAUAACUUGUCUAUAUACACGGGGUACCAGUACUGAGUAAUGAUAACUUGUCUAUAUACACGGGGUACCAGUACUGAGUAAUGAUAAUGUGUCUAUAUACACGGGGUACCAGUACUGAGUAAUGAUAACUUGUCUAUAUACACGGGGUACCAGUACUGAGUAAUGAUAACUUGUCUAUAUACACAGGGUACCAGUACUGAGUAAUGAUAACUUGUCUAUAUACACGGGGUACCAGUACUGAGUAAUGAUAAUGUGUCUAUAUACACGGGGUACCAGUACUGAGUAAUGAUAACUUGUCUAUAUACACGGGGUACCAGUACUGAGUAAUGAUAACUUGUCUAUAUACACGGGGUACCAGUACUGAGUAAUGAUAACUUGUCUAUAUACACGGGGUACCAGUACUGAGUAAUGAUAACUUGUCUAUAUACACGGGGUACCAGUACAGAGUCAAUGUGCAGGGGUACGAGGUCAUUGAGGUAUGUAUGUACAGUACCAGUCAAACGUUUGGACACACCUACUCAUUCAAGGGUUUUUCUAUAUUAUUACUAUUUUAUACAUUGUAGAAUAAUAAUGAAGACAUCAAAACUAUGAAAUAACACAUAUGGAAUCAUGUAGUAACCAAAAAAUGUUAAACAAAUCAAAAUAUAUUUGAGAUUUGAGAUUCUUCAAAGUAGCCACCCGUUGCCUUGAUGACAGCUUUGCACACUCUUGGCAAACAUUUCUAAAAACCUGUUUUUGAAAAACAAUUGAAUCAAUUUUAGUAAAGGGGUCUGAAUACUUUCCGAAGGCACUGUACACACACUGCAGAGCACAUUAGACAUGAUUGACAUUAACUGUUUGUAAAAUCAACACCACCCCUUGCCAUCUUCCAGGUUAAUUAACUGUACGAACGUUAUACAUUUUUAAUUGGUGGUUGUAUGUCGGCGAGGUGCGUGACACAAGGAGUGAACCUGAAGGGCCCACAUCAGAGGCACAGAGAUAGGAUGAUAUGACUGGAGAAGGCACCAUGUACAGUAUCACAGAGAUAGGAUGAUAUGACUGGAGAAGGCACCAUGUACAGAAUCACAGAGAUAGGAUGAUAUGACUGGAGAAGGCACCAUGUACAGUAUCACAGAGAUAGAAUGAUAUGACCAGAGAUGACACCACAUACAGUAUCACAGAGAUAGGAUGAUAUGACUGGAGAUGGCACCACGUACAGUAUCACAGAGAUAGGAUGAUAUGACUGGAGAUGGCACCACGUACAGAAUCACAGAGAUAGGAUGAUAUGACUGGAGAUGGCACCACGUACAGAAUCACAGAGAUAGGAUGAUAUGACUGGAGAAGGCACCACGUACAGUAUCACAGAGAUAGGAUGAUAUGACUGGAGAUGACACCACGUACAGUAUCACAGAGAUAGGAUGAUAUGACUGGAGAUGGCACCACGUACAGUAUCACAGAGAUAGGAUGAUAUGACUGGAGAUGGCACCACGUACAGUAUCACAGAGAUAGGAUGAUAUGACUGGAGAAGGCACCAUGUACAGUAUCACAGAGAUAGGAUGAUAUGACUGGAGAAGGCACCAUGUACAGUAUCACAGAGAUAUAAUGAUAUGACCAGAGAUGACACCACGUACAGUAUCACAGAGAUAGGAUGAUAUGACUGGAGAUGGCACCACGUACAGUAUCACAGAGAUAGGAUGAUAUGACCGGAGAUGGCACCACGUACAGUAUCACAGAGAUAGGAUGAUAUGACUGGAGAUGGCACCACGUACAGUAUCACAGAGAUAGGAUGAUAUGACUGGAGAUGACACCACGUACAGUAUCACAGAGAUAGGAUGAUAUGACUGGAGAUGGCACCACGUACAGUAUCACAGAGAUAGGAUGAUAUGACCGGAGAUGGCACCACGUACAGUAUCACAGAGAUAGGAUGAUAUGACUGGAGAUGGCACCACAUACAGUAUCACAGAGAUAGGAUGAUAUAACCGGAGAUGGCACCACGUACAGUAUCACAGAGAUAGGAUGAUAUGACUGGAGAUGGCACCACAUACAGUAUCACAGAGAUAGGAUGAUAUGACUGGAGAUGGCGCCACGUGUGUGUAGAUGUGCGUGUGUGUGUGUGUGUGUGUGUGUGUCACCAGAGAUGACAUCACAGGCAGAAAGAAGUCUUGUGUAAAUGAAGUGUUCAUGUAAUAUUUAUCACACAAUGAUGCAUGGUUCCUAUCUGGUACAAGCCCCUCCACACACACACACUCACAAAAACACACACACACUCACAAAAAACACACACACACACACACACAAACCUCACACACCUCACACUGCAUUACAGGAACAAGCCCUUGUACAGGAUGUAAUUAUUUUAAAAGCAGAGUAAGAAAACAGGAAUGGAAUAACGUGCUCUCACCUAAAAGACCUGAGCUUCACUUUAACAGCCGGGGGUUAAGAAUUGGUGUUGCCAUAGUUUCCUCAACAGAGGAGGAAGGAGAGGAGGAGGAGAAGGAGAAGGAUGAAGAGGAGAAGAGAAGCAAAGGGAAGGAUAGAGUGGCGUUAGAGUAG